AUGCCAGAUAACGAGUUUGCAGAGCGGGAAGUUGACGAAUCCUCAUUGCUUAUGCAGCGUACUCUCCCUGAAUUUGAUACAAGCAUGCCUUCCCAUCGGGUGAUCCAACGUGUGGUGGUGGUUGGAAUGAUCUUCUACCUCCUCAGCAAGGGAAUCUGUUCAACUAUAAGUGCGAGGAGUAAUGAAAAGGAUGCCAAAAAGAAAAUAGCCAACGAGUGCCCAGAGAGUUCACCCUGGCCAUGUCGUGAGCCCGGGUUCUGUCUAUCAUUUGAUUUCAUCUGCGACGGCGAGCUCGACUGCCCCGAUGGCUACGACGAGGAUCGGGAGAUGUGCACAGCAAAGCAAAGGCCUCCUAUUGAGUAUCUCUUCCGCUUCAUUCAACGAUACCAGGACUGGCUGAUUCCCACAUUUUUGGGCAAGGGUACUCCACUCGAGUUGGCCAAAAAACUUGUGGAGAGCCCGACGAUUGAGGACUACGCGAGAUCUGCGCACCUGACGGAGAAGCAGUUGGUUAACCUCAACAGCUUAAUCGAGGGAGUAGUGCAGCGCAAGGAGAUGCACAUGGUCCUCCUUGGCAUGCCGUUGGGCGCCUGGUCUGAGCUUUUUUAUCUCUUCAACAGAAUCGUUAGCAGCGGCUUCGUCGGCACCGUCGACUCUAUGUGA